CCUUUAAACAGCUUGGAGCAGCUCAGGGACACCCUUUGCCACCUUGGGGCUGGUGAGUGUGAAGGUCAAGCCAGAGGCUGAAGAGACCAGAUGGCAGCCUCAUUGUCAUGCCCAGCCCAGACUUUCAGACACACUCCAGGUGGAGACCCCAGGGGAACGCGGACACCUGGCGGUGUCCACCUUAGUCACCUCCAUGCCCCCCGGGCUGCAGUUUGUGACCUGACCCCACUGUGGGCUGUUCUUCCUAGACAACUGUCUGGUUCCCAGAUGGGAUAGGGCCUGCCCCCGGCGGCCACCCCCGCGCAGGCCCGGGCCCUGCGCCUAGGGGACACGUCCGUCCCGCCGCGCCCCGCCCCGCCCGCCGCCGCCGGCCCCGCCCGCCUUGGGCUUUUAUAGGCCGAGGCGCCCGCACUCCCUGAGUCCCUGCUGCUGCCCCACACUCGCCAUGCGUCCUGGGGCACUGUGGCCGCUGCUUUGGGGAGCCCUGGUCUGGGCGGUGGGAUCCGUGGGCGCCGUGAUGGGCUCGGGGGAUUCCGCGCCCGGCGGUGUCUGCUGGCUCCAGCAGGGCAGAGAGGCCACCUGCAGUCUGGUGCUGAAGACCGACGUCAGCCGCGAGGAGUGCUGUGCCUCCAGCAACAUCCACACAGCCUGGUCCAACUUCACUCACCCAGGCAACAAAAUCAGCCUGCUGGGCUUCCUGGGCCUCGUCCACUGCCUCCCCUGCAAAGAUUCCUGCGACGGAGUGGAGUGCGGCCCCGGCAAGGCGUGCCGCAUGGUGGGGGGCCGUCCCCACUGCGAGUGCGCACCCGACUGCCAGGGGCUUCCCGCGGGCUUGCAGGUCUGCGGCUCCGAUGGCGCCACCUACCGGGACGAGUGUGAGCUGCGCGCCGCGCGCUGCCGCGGACACCCUGACCUGCGCGUCAUGUACCGAGGCCGCUGCCAAAAGUCCUGCGCUCACGUAGUGUGCCCGCGCCCCCAGUCGUGCCUUGUGGACCAGACCGGCAGCGCGCACUGCGUGGUGUGUCGCGCCGCGCCCUGUCCGGUGCCUUCCAGCCCCGGCCAGGAACUCUGUGGCAACAACAACGUUACCUAUAUCUCCUCCUGUCACCUGCGCCAGGCCACCUGCUUCCUUGGCCGCUCCAUUGGGGUUCGCCACCCGGGCAUCUGCACAGGUGCCCCCAAAGUACCGCCAGAGGAGGAAGAGAACUUCCUGUGAGCUGCAGCAGCUGGUGUUUGAGGCCGUCCCAAUUUUAUUUAUUGUCGCAGAAAAGAUUCUAAUUUUCUAAUUUAUGUCACGUGGACGUCCCCCAAACCUGGCCUGGAACCACUUGUGGAUCCCCUAGGAUCCUGAGCACGUAUCACAAAGGACUGAAGGGAGAUGUUAUAAGAGUUGGUAUGUGCCAUCACCAGGUACUGGGAUCGAGUUAUGACCCCAGACGCCUGCUGCCCAGGAAGGGCAGCUUCAUGGAGACCCCGGCCUUGAUAUCUCCGCCUGCUUUCUAGGCUGGAGCUGAGUCUCAGGGCACAGUCAAUGGUAGCUGUGCCCUCUGCAACUGCUGUUCACACGGGGCCUCCCGGCCUCAGAUGGGGGGGCAGUUAGCCCAGAAACACUGGGUUCCUCCCUCUUUACUCCACUUAGAGUGGGACCCGGUGGGAACCUGGCUGACUGCGUAGUCUGUGGACACCAGAACUCACUGUGCCCAGAGUCACCCGAGUGCCUACUGUCCUGUUCUGGGGACCCCAGAAUCAGCUUUUACCCAGGUCCCAGCCAGCCGCAUUCAUCACCAAGCUCUGCAACAGGUGGUGACAUCAGCCAGGUGCUGUUUGGGGCAUGACCCUUCACUCUGACAGCUGCCACUCAAAAUUACCCACAUGUGCCUUGAAGGAGACCAAAAAGAAUGGGGAGCUGUGGCUCAGUGGUUAGAGUGCUUUCCCAGCAUGCACAAAGCCCUGGGCUCCAUCUCCAGCACCACAUGAACAGACAUGUCGGCACACACCUGCCAUCCCAGCACACAGGAGGAUCAGGAGUUCAAGGCCAGCCUGGGUUACCUGAGACCUUUUCUCUAAAAAAUUAAAAAGGAAGACAAAAUGUCAGCUCACAAACAGAGGCCCGUAGGAGGGUGCACAGCCCCCCAUUUGGGGGCAAAGAGUCCCAGGUCUUCUCUACCCCCCAGUCCUCGGCUGUCCCCAAAAGUGUCCUUAGCCGGCAGCCUGGGCAGCCUCUCCCACCCUGGGGUUCUGCCUCACCAAAGAAAUAAAGAUGGUAAAAACCACCAUGGUGACCAGG